GCUUACAAAAUAAACGUUCUGUCGUUAUUUAUUUAUUUAUUUAUUAUUUUUGUAUUAUUGUUUAAUAAUUUAAUCAUUAUUAUUAUUAUUUGUAUAUAUGCUUGAAUUUAAAGUCACUUAUUAUACAAACUUAUUUAUGUUAAACGUUACCAAACCGAUUGAGUUUUCAUAACAGUUUACGUAAGAGAGCAUAAGCGUGCUGACGCAGGUUUGCAGCUGCAGGAAUGAGACGUCUAUUUAGUUGCUGUACGUCAAAGAAUAUCAGUUAUAUUGUGAAAAAUAUCAAACCCAGCGUGUGCUCGACAACCCGCAAUCCACCGUUAUAUAUCUCGUCCUUCUUCAGAAACUCUGCUGUCAGCAGCGGCACAGGCAUGGAUCUGAGUAACAUGAGAAAGAGCUAUAAGAGCGACCAGGAGUGUUUUGAGGAGGAUCAGCUUGCAUCUCUUGAUCCAAUUAAGCAAUUUGGCAACUGGUUUGAUCAAGCCACUAAAUGCCCAGAGGUGGGCGAAGCUAAUGCAAUGUGUCUUUCAACAGCCACCAAGGAUGGACGCCCCUCUGCACGCAUGGUUCUGCUGAAAGGCUACAGCGAAGAAGGAUUUCGAUUCUUUAGCAAUUAUGAAAGUCGGAAGGGUUCAGAGCUGGACAGCAAUCCCUAUGCCUGUCUUGUCUUUUACUGGGAACCAUUAAACAGGCAGAUUCGCAUUGAAGGCACUGUAGAGAGAAUCCCAUUUGAAAGUUCAUGUGACUACUUCCACUCAAGGCCCAAGACCAGUCAGAUUGGGGCUGUUGUUAGCAGACAGAGCACAGUAAUACCAAGCAGACAAUACCUGAGAGACAAGAAUGCAGAGCUUGAAGAAAAGUAUAAGAACACAGAGGUACCAAUGCCAGAUUACUGGGGUGGAUACAUGGUCAAGCCUUUUCUGAUUGAGUUCUGGCAGGGUCAGACAAAUAGAUUACAUGACCGUAUAGUGUUCUUGCGGCCCAAAGAGGGAGAGCCCCAGCUGGGGGAUAUGCAGCACCAAGCAGAAGGGGGCUGGAUAUACCAACGGUUAUCCCCUUGAUGGAGCGAUUGCUAUGGAGUCACUAUCACCAACUGGGAUAUUAAUCCAAUCAUUACUUGGCCUCCAGAAUUCGGCACUGACAUUAACUAACUAGUGAAGCCUUUGCCAUUUUCUUUCUACUUGUGUACUGUCUAAAGCAAAACCUGGAAAUUUAGCUUUUGUUGAUAAUUGUAGACAUGAUUUUAUGAAUAUAAAUCAAGUGAUUGCAUUAAAAAUGGUGCUCAGUGUUUGUUGUUAAGCCUUCAAGACUGACCUCAACAUGUUCUUAAACUAUUACUUGCAAGUGAAUAGUCUGUUGAUUGCCUAAUGUUGAUUAAUAAUUGAAAAGCGCAGUUGUACUUACAACCUUAACUCAUUUUAUAUAGGCUUUGACCUCUGUCAAAACUAGAAAGCAGUAUCUGUGAAAAUCAAAUGUCAAGUGAGGAAAAUUGGGUUUCCAUUCCCAGUUUUAACCCAACAUCACCGUUUAUUCAGUUUUAUGAAAAAUCCUCUAAUGUUCUCAUGAUACACAUUGUCAAUGGAUUUCAAGUGUAUCAAUGGAUUUUUCUGCAAGACAAAUGUGAAAUAUUUUAAUUAGAUUAUAUGUUAUAAAGGUGCCAAACAUAAUUGUAAUAUAAUUGUCUAUCUGUCUGUUUACUGUAUUGCUAUGUAAGUUAGUGAUGUCUAGGUACCUGUUCUGUAAUAAAAUGUAAAAG